CUGCCUGUUCUCGCCCUGCCUGCUCGGUCGACCUCGCCAGCCUUCGCUACGCAAAAUGUGGGAAGAGAACUUUGACACGGAGAACCACGGCGUGGUCAGGAAGCAGGACUAUUCCCCCGUGUCCUGGAGCGAGUACUACGAGAUGAUGGAUGACGUUGUCGUGGGAUCGGCGGAGAACAAAGACGUGUUCCGGGUGUACAAGAGCGGCCAUGACGGACCGCUGCUGGUCCUGCUCCACGGAGGCGGGCACUCCGCCCUGUCCUGGGCCGUCUUCACCGCAGCCAUGGCGAGCAGAGUCACCUGCAGGGUAUUAGCGAUGGACCUCAGAGGCCACGGUGCCACUCAAGUGCGGCACUCAGAUGACCUCUCGACACAGACCAUGUCCAGGGAUGUGGCCAAUGUGGUGCGGGCGACAUACGGAGAGACUCCACCUCCCAUCAUCCUGGUGGGCCACAGCAUGGGCGGAGCCAUCGCCAUCCACACAGCCAGCAGCGGCCUGCUGCCCACCGUGGUGGGGCUCGUGGUCAUCGACGUGGUGGAGGGAAGUGCCAUGGACGUUCUCCACAGCAUGCAGAACUUCCUCCGGGGACGACCCAAGACUUUCAAAUCGAUUGACCGCGCCAUCGAGUGGAGCGUCAAAAGUGGACAAGUCAGAAACCUGGAGUCAGCAAAGGUGUCAAUGGUUGGCCAAGUGCGAAGGUGCGAGGAAGAGGAGGGAGACCGUUUGGAGCAGGUCAGUCCAGCUGGCGAUGUGGUCACCGAGGGAAACGAGGAGUUCUACGACCUGAAUUACGUCACCGACAAAGCGGAGAGCGCGACAUCAGAGCCCCACAGUGUGUACAGCUGGCGGAUCGACCUCUCGAAAGCGGAGAAGUACUGGGACGGCUGGUUCAGAGGAAUCUCCAACCUCUUCCUCAGCUGUAACAUCCCAAAGCUCUUAUUACUAGCAGGCAUCGAUCGCUUAGACAGAGACCUGACAAUUGGCCAAAUGCAAGGAAAAUUCAUGAUGCAGGUGCUGCCCCCUUGUGGCCAUGCUGUUCAUGAGGACAUGCCGGACAAAGUGGCAGACGCGCUGGCGAGCUUCAUGAUCAGGCACAAAUUCGCAGAAGUGAGGAGUGAAACCAAAAGCUCCUCCUACCCUUUCAUGCGGUGAAAGACGCAGGGAGCAGCAGGGCUUAAGGAGCGCCCGCCCCAUCUUCACCUCGACAGAAACUUCAAACCCGCGACACGGACAGGCCUACGAAACCUCGCUUCAGAGACGCACAGCUGCAGGGCCCUGAGCUGCUGAGCGUAUCGCUGUUUAAAAUAGUGCGUCUGUGUGUAUGUUUGUCAUUUAGAUUGUGCUUUUCUCAGGCCUGCCAAGGUGCAGAGGCAAAUUAUGUUUGUCAGAGCAUUACAUGUACGCACAUACGUGAUCACUGCUGAAAUGAACAAAUGAUUGUACUGUGGAUGAAAAUGUUUGAACUAAAACUUUA